UCUAUAUAAAUGCAUGCAGCAUCAUUCCCUCAUAUUGUAACUUGAUAGCUCUUUCUGCUACUUUGCUAAAAUCCGAUUCAGUUUAAGAGCACACAUCAAAUUUCCUGCUGCAUCAACCAUAUAUCAUGAAGUUCUUGCUUCCUUGCUCAAAGUGUUUCUCUUCACCUGGAAUCAUCGAUGAUAAUAGCACACACGGUGUACAAUUUCUUCAAAAUGUCCGCAACUUCAAAUACAAAGAAUUGAAAGUCGCCACCAACGAUUUCCAUCCAUCCAACAAAAUUGGUGAAGGCGGAUUUGGUUCUGUUUUUAAGGGAAAACUUAAUGACGGAGUGGCCGUGGCCGUGAAAGUUCUUUCAGCUGAAUCAAAGCAAGGAGAUAGGGAGUUCAUGUCUGAGCUAGCUUCACUCUCCAGUAUUCGCCAUCAAAAUCUGGUCAAGAUGCGCGGUGGUUGUGUGGAAGGCCGCCGUAGAAUUCUUGUUUAUGAUUACAUGGAGCACAAUAGCCUCGCUCACAUCUUGCUAGGUGAGGAGAAAAUUAGAUCGAAAUUAGGUUGGAGGGCACGACGAGAAAUUUGUCUUGGGAUUGCUAGGGGCCUUGUUCACAUUCAUGAGGAGGUGAAACCACAUAUUGUGCACAGAGAUAUCAAAGCCAGCAAUAUACUUUUGGAGAAGAACUUUCAUCCAAGAAUUUCAGAUUUUGGGUUAUCAAAACUAUUUCCACAGAACAUUUCUCACAUUAGUACACGAGUGGCUGGAACAUUAGGUUAUUUGGCUCCGGAGUAUGCAAUCACUGGACAUUUAACGCGAAAAUCAGACGUAUACAGUUUCGGAGUGUUGAUUUUGCAAAUAGUCAGUGGACGAUCGAUAGUUGACUUUGAUAUGGAACUUGGAGAACACUAUCUUGUCGAAAAGGCAUGGGAAAUGUACAAGGGAAAGAAGCUUGUAGAUCUAGUGGACUCUUCUCUCGAACUUGACGGAAACAUUUCAGAAAAAGAAGCCGUCCAAUUCCUAAAGGUGGGUCUGCUUUGUGUACAAGAAAAAUCCAGCCUCCGACCCCGCAUGUCUACCGCCAUUAAGCUGAUGACGAUGAAUGAGAUCAACGUUAAUAACGUGGAGAUAGGCGAGCCAGGAGUCAUUACUGAUAAUAUGGACCUCAAAAUAGCCCAAAGGGCUGAGAGAAGCUCACCGCUUAGCAUCAAAGCCAGCAUGCAAAGCCCCCAAAUCUAUCUUUAUUACAAAAAAAAUUAGAAAUUUGAAUUAACUGUAGGCUUAAGCGCUUAAAGGCUUGUUUGAUAAUCAUUUUAUUUUGUAUUUUGAUGCCUAAGAUAUGAAGAUGCGGAUGAUGGAAAAGAGAAAGAAAUAACGAUGAAUGAAUGAAAACAAAAUUUUUGAACAUAAAAA